AACAGGCUGUUUAACAUCUUCAAAAAACAAGUUUAUUAAUACACCUAACAAACAAAAGGUUGCAUUGUAUUUGAUAAACAUGCAGGGGAAGCUCUGCCUGAACCAUGUCCUGCAGUGAUUUAACCGUAAUGUCAAAGCAUACAAAAGAACUGGUCAUUUGUGAACGGGUAUAGCAGUGGGCUGGGAAUAGCUUGGAACGUAUGCUGUUGUCUCAAUACGCGCAGAGCAGUUUGGGCAGUACAACAGACCGGACGGAGAUUUAAAGAUGGACUGGUCUUUCUACCUGGUACGCCUUCUUACUGUAACCGCAACACUGACACUAGGUAAGAGUGUUGGCAACGUGUGGGAAAAUGUACGCGGAAGAUUAAAUCCAUGUCUUAAUACAACAUGCGAUUCGCAACAUGAUGUCUGUGAGUGCUACUUAAGUAUUGAACACCGUCUUACCAUGAUGAUUGAAGAAGACCAAACUCUUGUGGUACCGGAAAGAGGCCAGCUGUAUGAGUAUAACAAACCGAAUAGUCCCAUUAUAAAAUCAGAAUAUGAACCGUAUAUCUUGUCGGCGGAUGGUAACAACUCUCGCGUGGUAAUUGCUAUAAAUCGACUGUUCCCUGGCCCCACAAUCACAGCGUACGAGGACCAGACUUUGAUCGUCCACGUGCGUAACCUGAUGCACACAGAUAGCACAACGGUACACUGGCACGGUAUGCAUCAACAAGGUUCCACCUAUGCGGACGGCGUUGCCAUGGUUUCCCAAUGCCCACUAGGACACGGUCAAGAAUUUACUUACAAAUUCACGGCUAAACCGCACGGCACCAGCUUCUACCACGCCCACAUCGGCGAUCAGCGAACAAUGGGGUUGUAUGGAGCACUAGUGAUACGUCCAAAGAAGGAACUGCCAGCAGCAACAACACCAAAUGAACAUGUUGUCAUCUUACAAGAUUGGAACCAUGACGAUGAUGCAGCAACUUUGUACCAACGUAUGGUAUAUGGAGUUUACGACCAAGCGAGUAAAACUCCUUACGAUACAACGUAUUCUGUGGAUGGUGGCAUGUACAGUAGAUUUAGGUUCCAUUCCGGAUUAGUGAACGGCAGAGGUCGCUAUUACAAGUCAUUUUCAGAACAUAAUGGGGCUCCUCUGACAGUGUUUGAUGUGGCCGUAAACAGUACCUACACAUUUAGAGUAAUAAGUGCAGCCACUCUCUACCCGUUCCGUGUGUAUGUAGACGGACAUCCACAAAUAACAGUUGUGGCCUCGGACGGAUUUGCAUUAAAACCCAUGGUUGUUGAAUCGUUCAUCAUAAAUCCAGGGGAGAGAUAUGACUUCAUACUAUUUACAGACAAGCCGAAAAGUAACUACUUAUUAGUUGCUCAGACACUGGAAGUUGAAACUGAUAUCGAAAGAAGGGGUGAGUACCACGUGGCAGAAGCUAUUAUCCAUUACAUUGGUGGAGAAAGACUCCUAAACCCGGGCAAAAGCAUCAAAACUCGGUGUACCGUGUCGCAGCCAUGUGUGAUAUUCAAUUGUCCUUAUCUUCUUCCUACAAAUGGAAGUGAAAUUUGUCAGAAUUAUAACGACGCUAGAACAGAUGAUUUCAACUCUCGGCCACACGAUGUCGCCAAUAUUGAUGAAGAGCUUUUCUUUAACUUUGCUUUCUCAGGACCUGUGGGCUUUAUGGAAGGAUCAGUAAAUGGCCGUCGGUUUGUACCCCCAGUUGCCCCCUUAUACUCACAGCCCGAAGCCAUCAAACAAACAUGCGAUCCAGAUUGUGAGGACAAAACCUGCAGAUGCACUUACAUUCAGGAGAUAGAAAAUGGAAAGGUGUACCAGUUUACUCUGACCAAUCUUGGAAACGGGAAAGGAUGGUCACAUCCGGUACAUUUACAUGGACAUUCUUUUUACGUCAUGAAGAUGGGUUUUGGCCGGUACAAUUCCAGUGGAUUCCUGAUUGAUACCACACCAGACAUAUCGUGUUCUCGCGGAUCGAAGGGGUACUGCAACAAUCCUAUUUGGGCCAAUGAUAGUUGGAAUGGAGGGAACGUUCCGGAUCUUGUUUUACACGAUACUGCACAGAAAGACACCAUCAUCGUCCCUACACACGGUUAUGUCGUCAUCAGGUUCAAGGCCGAUAACCCUGGUGCCUGGUUCUUUCAUUGCCACAUUGACCUCCACAAUACAAACGGAAUGGGGAUGGUGAUCAUCGAAUCGCCAGAAAUGUAUCCUACUGUUCCGGACGACUUCCCAAAAUGUGGCGAUUUUACCGGAGAUGGCAAGAAAACCGAAGUAUGCCAAGAUUCACCAACAGGUCCUGGGUUCGGCGCUGGCAUCGGUGUCGGUAUUGCCAUCUCUAUAGUGGUGGCCUUGAUCAUCGGCAUCAUUUGCUGUUGUUGCCGUAGAUAAUUAGGACAUGACGUGGUACACGUACAACGACUGCAAGGCACACGGAGAACAGUCUCUCUCUCUCUCUCUCUCUCUCUCUCUCUCUCUCUCUCUCUCUCUCUCGUGCCGUGCAUUCAUGGAUUAAGAACUUUGCCUGACGAAGAAAAAGAUGUAAAUAUAUUCUUUUGAUCAAUCCUAUGAUCUAGUGGUUAUUUCUUAAUAUUUACCUUUUUAUAUAUGUACACUGUAUAUAUUUGUUUUUUUCUUUUUGGCAGAUAUCAUGCGUUUGUGUGUAUUUUUAAACAAGAUGCGUUCCUACAUUUAUUAUACAAAAAACACCUACCGUGGUGUAUCCUAUUUAGUUAAACAAUCACGUCCUGAAAUAACAAUAACGUGUUGGGUUUUUAUUAUUUAAGUUUGCAUAUUUACAUUGUUUUAAGAAUAUCAAAUUGUUGUGUGUCAACAAUACACUUAGUAUGACUUUCUCAAAUGUAAAUUGUUGUAAAUCCUGUACAUUCGUAAUUAUGUAACAAGAAUAAAAAUCAAGUGUUGAUUACGCAAUUUUGUCUUCAAAAAAAAA